AAUCGCUUUAUAACUCAUCGAGCCUAGUUUACGUAGCUUACCCAUUCUAAAAUUGAAAGUUAAUAACCCUUUGUUGUAGGCACCUCCACAAAGGUGCUAAAAGAAGAAAAUUCGCUAGAACUGGCUAGAAAGAAGCCGCCUCGCAACAACGGAACACCACGUGCUGAAUGGCCUAACGCCUGCUGGUGACUGGCCGCCAGAAAUCCCUAACGCCAUCGCCGUGCCGGUGCGAGGUUGAAAUCUUUAUUGGAAAUUCUGUGAGAAAAAGGUCCCUGCUCGGCGGGCAGGACUCGAAAUCGGCGCAAGGACACGAAUCCAGGCAGCAUGAGCAUGGCCCCGGCCACCGUCCUCCAGAUGCUGCGCGGCCUGAGCUCGCCGCGCGUUCUCGCCCGAAUGCACCAGCCCAGAGCAUUGGGUAAUCACCCAGUCCACCACCACCACCACCACCUCCACCAUCGCCGUGCUUCAUCGCGCCUGGCCACUUCCACACCGCUGCCAUCGGCUCCGCCGUCCCUCGCCCCGAUCCUGCACACAGCUCGCGGCUACAGCAGCACCACCAAGCAGGAGGCUGGAGGAGCCACCCCCGAGGCCGCGCCACCCGUCUCGAAUGCCCCGCUGCUGGCCAAGCUCUUCCCCCAGACCUCGCCCGAGGUGGACAGCACUGCCGAACAAGAGCGCCAGAAGCGCGAGGAGGAGGAGGCCAAGGAGAACGAGCGCGCCUGGAAGCGCAUGAAGCUGGGCUUCGCAGUCUUUGGCGGCGGCGGUGUGGCCGCUGGCCUGUGGGCCGUCUACGAGUUCGGCAAGCCCGAGGUGGAUCCCAACGGGCAGACCAUCGAGGAUGAGUUCACACACAAGCCGCUGGUGCAGCAGUAUCUGCAGCGGAUGUGGAAGAGCAUGCACUACUAUCAGCGCAUGAUCCAGGAGCCGUCGCGGGCCAAGCUGCUGCCCGAUCCGCUCAAGCCGCCGUAUGUGCAGCCGCGCUACACGCUCGUCCUGGAGAUGAAGGACGUGCUGGUGCAUCCGGACUGGACGUACCAGACGGGCUGGCGCUUCAAGAAGCGUCCCGGCGUCGAUCACUUCCUGGCCGAGUGCGCCAAGGAGUUCGAGAUCGUUGUGUUCACCGCCGAACAGGGCAUGACCGUGUUCCCCAUCCUGGACGCCCUCGAUCCCAACGGCUACAUCAUGUACCGCCUGGUCAGGGAUGCCACGCACUUUGUGGACGGGCACCAUGUGAAGAACCUGGACAACCUCAACCGCGACUUGAAGAAGGUAAUUGUGAUUGACUGGGAUGCGAAUGCCACCAAAAUGCAUCCGGACAACACAUUCGGCCUGGCCCGCUGGCAUGGCAACGACGAUGACGGGCAACUGCUGGACUUGAUUGCCUUCCUGAAGAUUAUUGCCCAGAACAAUGUGGACGAUGUGCGCGAGGUGCUGCACUACUAUCGCCAGUUCGACGAUCCCAUCAGCCAGUUCCGGGAGAACCAGCGCAAGUUGGCCGAGCAAAUGCAGGAGGCGGAGCGCAUCGAGCAGUCGAAGACCAAGCCCAUGGUCAAGCAGUGGUCGCGCAACAUUCUGGGGCGCUAGGAGGCUGGCCAUCCCGCACACCCCCCGUUCCAUAUCCAUACCUUAACCUUCCGCCUGCCCCGGGGCACAGAGAUCGGGAUGCUCCACGAGCACAGCCCCUGCAGCAGCCAUAUUUUCGUCGGUGAACAGAGGUGGCCAGAGGGAGCCGGGUGCAGGCGAGGAAGGCACGCUCUUUUUAUUACUCCUUUGGGAUAAGGAUAAGGCGAAUGUUUUUGUUUAAAUAAAUAACUAAACUUGCUUGUUUUUGUUGUUUGGCAAUGUAA